AAGUGAUUCUGAAUCAUCAACUGGAAUGAAUGAAAUAACUAUGCCUAAAAUAUGUGCUGAUAAAUUUACUAAAACAUCACCAUUGUCAAUUAAUACUACUAUUAAGCAUGCAGAGAAGGUAGAUUAUACAUCAAAUCCUUCAAAAUCUUCAUCAAGUGAUUCUGAAUCAUCAGUUGGAAUGAAUGAAAUAACUAUGCCUAAAAUAUGUGCUGAUAAAUUUAUUAAAACAUCACCAUCGUCAAUUAAUACUACUAUUAAGCAUGCAGAGAAGGUAGAUUAUACAUCAAAUCCUUCAAAAUCUUCAUCAAGUGAUUCUGAAUCAUCAACUGGAAUGAAUGAAAUAACUACGCCUAAAAUAUGUGUUGAUAAAUUUACUAAAACAUCACCAUUGUCAAUUAAUACCGUUAUUAAGCAUGCAGAGAAGGUAGAUCAUACAGAAAGUCUUUCAAAUGUUUCUUUAAGUGAUUCUGAGUCUUCAGUUGAAAUGAUAACUAGCUCUAAAAUAUGCGAUGAUGAAUCUACUAACAAAUCAUCUGAAAAGACCAAUACCAUUAUUAAACAUGAUGAUAAUUCUGAUAGUUCUUCAGAAUUGUCAUCAAGUGAUUCUGAAUUUUCUUCUAAAAUUAAAAUUAUGCUAUCCAACUUUAAAGAAAACAAUAAAAAUAAAUCUAGAACAUCAUUACAUAUUCACAACAGCGUUAAUAAUAAUAAACAUAUUGAAAGUCCAUUAUUUAGUUCUACUCCUAUUUUAAAUUCUGAACAUUCUGUAAAUAGUAUCAAUUUAAUUAGAAAUAAGCAACUAGAACAAUUAAAAAAACAUUUGAUUAAAAAUAGUAGCAAAAAACAAAAAUCAUUGGAUUCUAUUAAAGUACCUCAUCAGUUUUCUAAGGAUAAACUUUCUCAGUCUCUAAAUAUUAUAAAAAAUACUAAAAAUAAUGAUAACAAUGAUAACCAACCUAAAGUAAUCGCUAAUUUGGUUAAUAGUAAUGAAAAAUCAGGUAGUGCUAAUAAAAUAAAUUAUAAUAAUAGUCGGCAAGGUGAUUCUGAUACGAGUAAAAGUGAACUUGGACAAAAAAACAUCUCGGUUAAUAAUUCAUUUUUGAAGAAACCUGAAAAAUCUAUCAAAAUAAUUAAAAAACAUAAACAAUCAAAUAAAAUAGGAAAUGCAAUUUUAAAUUCAAUUAAUACAAAUAAGAUGAAAUUUAAUGCAAAUAUUACCAACAAUUUGAUUGAUUCUAAUAAUGAAUAUAGUAAAGACAGCAAAGAAGAAAAUACAGUGUAUACUCAACAGAAACAUGAUUUAAAUAAAGAAAUACUUAAUUGUAAAAAUUCAAAUGAAGAAGCAAUUAAAAAUUCGUUGACAUUAAGUUUGAGUACUAAGAAUAUUAAAAAAAAAGAUAUUGUCCAAAAGAAAGAUACAAAUGAUUGUAAAAACCAAAUAAAUAAUAAAAUAUUUAAAGAAAGUUUGAAUACUACAUUAUCAAUUAUAUCUGAUUCGGAUAGUAAUUGUAGUAGUGAUCUUAAACUACCUACAAAAGAUUUAAGCCAUACAACUGAUUUUAAUGAAAAAAUUGAAAAUGAAACAAGUAGCUCUGAUGAUGAAAUUUAUUCAAAACUUAGACAAAAUAUAUCAAAAACACAAAUAAAUACAAACCAUUUGAAUGAAAAACCUAAAAGUCAAUCACUUCCUACUAAUAAAAUGUGUUAUAGUACCGAUGAAAGUGAUUCGUCAUCUAAAUUUUUUUGUAACACAUCUAAGUUAUCAUCAAAUUUAAUUAAACCUAAUAUAACAAAACAAAACUCUAUUAAUGUAUCAGAAACUGAUAGCUGUAAAAAAAGCAGUAAUAAUAAUUUGUUAUCAAAUGAAAAUAUACUUAAAAAAGAUAAAAAGAAAAAAAAAGUUAAUGUAAAAUCUGUAUUUUCUCCCAAUAAAAUGGAUAUUAUUAAACAUAUUUUGGAUGAAAGUUCUAGUAGUAAUAAUGAGGUUACGGCUCUUAAAAACAAAACUAAUGAUAAGAAACAGGUCAAUGAAAAAAAAUCUACUAAAAAAUCAACUUUAAAUGUAUCAAAACUAAAUAAAAAUAAUGAAGUAUUAAAUAAAGAAAUUUCAAAUCCAUUUUUAAAAGUAUAUUCUACAAAUGUGACAAGCUCAAGUUCUGAUGAUGAAUUAGAUAUAAGUUUGAUGAAACCAAAAAGAAAAUCAUCUGGGAAUAAAAAUAUUCCAUUAGUAAAUGAAGAAAAGAAAAAAAAUAUUUUAAUAAAUCAAGUUUUGACUUCUAUGAAACGUAAAAAUAAAAAACAAAAGUUAUCUGUUUCGCAGACUAACUUAAAUGCAUCUGUAAGUAAUAACAAACAUUUGAAAAAUGACAAAAUAACAAAAGAUAAAACUUUACUUGGUAGUAAAAACAAAAAAGAUGUCUUAGAUAACUUCAACAUUUCUACUGAAAGACCAAAACUUAAUGUGUCAAGUUUAAAUAUUUACCAAAAAGUUAAUUCAUCCCAAUUAAAUACACAACUUUCAUCUGAUGAAAAUACUGACAAUGAGGAAGACGUUAUAAAAAAAAUUUUAGAAAAACGAAAAUUUAAAAAAGCUAAAAAAGCCAAUUCACUUGAGCAAACUAUGAAAAGUAAUACCCAAACAGAAUUAAAUGAAAAAAAACAGAGUGAAGUUCAAGAAAAAUUGUAUACGAAAUCUAAAUCUCAAAAGAUGUCAAUGACAGAUGAAAUAAAGAGUAAUGAUAUGAAAAAAAAGAAGAAGAAAAAAAGAGAAACUAAAGAUAUGCUCCUAGAUAGUAUAAUAAGUGCUUUUGAUGAUUCUUUAAGUGAUCAACCCCCUUCAAAAAAGAGAAAAAAAGAUCAUAAUUUGACCAUUGAAUCAUAUGAUUAUAAUGAUAAAAAUUCUGAUGGAAAUUUAUCAGAGGUUAAGAUAAAGAAAAAGAAAAAAUCCAAACAUAAAGAAGAUGUUAACUUAAGUGAUUUAACUGUUAAAGAUAAAAAAAAACAACACAGUUUGUUGUUAGAAUCUGUGUCAAAAAAUAAUCUAGCAAAUGAAGACAAUACAAUUGUAAAAGUAACUAAAAAAAAAAAAGUUAAAAACAAUCCUGUUGUAAGUGAAACUCAAAGCAUUAUCACUCACAAACACAGUGAAAUAGAUGAUAAACUGGAAGAUAAAAAUGUAAAAAAUAUUAAAUUAAAUAAGAAAAAGACUAAUGAACUUUUGGAAAGUCAAAUGAAAAGUUUUAUGUUGACUCAAGAUAAUUCACAUUUAGAUAAUUUAUAUAAUUUACUAAGCGUACAUUUAAAUAAUUCUUAAGUUAGAUCUAUUUUUUAUAUUGAAUUAACUAUGCUGAUGUUUUAUGUAUAGCAUUAAAUAUUUGAUUGAAAUGUCAUUUUUAACAUUGAAUAAUAAACCA